AUGAGUUCCGACUACUCGUAUGACGCCGAGGCGCAAUUCUACCCAUUCUUCAUCCUCGCCAUUAGCAGCAUCAUCACGCUGCCCCUCGGCUACACACUCGUCUUCCCCUCCAAGGACAUCGAAGCGAAAGCCCCGCGCAUUCAGAGCGACUACAAGCCCGAACAUGCCGACUUGAUCGAAAGACAGCGCAAGGCGCACCAGAAGAAACAGCGCCGCAUCGUGCGCGUCAUCUUCGUCAUCCUCGGCUUGGCCCUCAUGGCUGGCAUGGUCUACCUCAUCCUCCACGUUCAGACCGUGACACCCAAGAUCUGGAACCCCUACGACAUCCUCGGCAUUUCCGACUCUGCCGAUGAGAGGCAAAUCAAGAAAGUCUACAGAAAGCUCUCCCAAAGACUGCACCCCGACAAGGUCAAGCCCGACCCGGCCAAGAACGAGACCAUCGAAUCCCUCAACGCCGCCUACGUCGAGAUUUCAAAGGCAUACCAGGCGCUCACCGACGAGGACGUCCGCAACAACUACAUUCAAUAUGGCCACCCCGACGGAAAGCAGAGCUUCAGCAUCGGUAUUGCGCUCCCCAAGUUCAUGGUCUCCGACGGCAACGGCAAGUAUGUCGUUCUUGCCUACACUCUGCUUCUCGGUGUUCUCCUGCCGUACCUGGUCGGUUCCUGGUGGUACGGCACUCAGCGCAUGUCCAAGGACGGCGUGCUCAUGGAGAGCGCCAACAACCUGUUCCGCGCUUACGACGACAACGUUGACGAGGGUGGUGUCAUUACUGCUCUCAGCAGCGGUAAGGAGUUCGAGGCUGUUCUCAAGGGCGACAAGGCCGAGUCUGGUCUUUCCAAGCUCGAGUCCAAGCUCCUCGCCAACGCUGAGAAGGCGGGUCUCUCCCAGAAGGACAAGCAGGCUCUCGAGGACCUCGACAGUGGUGUGCGCCGCAAGGCUCUUGCGCUUCUGUGGUCCUACAUUGGUCGCAUCGAGCUCGAAGAUGAUGCCCUGAACAGCGCCAAGUACGAAGUUGCCCCCAUCGCCCACGCCCUCACCAAGUCUUUCUCCGCCAUCGCCCAGGCUUACGGCAGCACCGGCCCCAUUCUGGCCGCCUACUCAACCAGCCAGCACCUCAUCCAGGCUCUGCCUCCCAAGUCCUCUCCUCUUCUUCAGCUUCCUCACUUCACCCAGGACAUUGUCCGCGCCGUUGAGGGCGGCGACGAGAAGGUUCACGUCUCUCUCCAGCAGUUCAUGGAUCUUCCCGACAACCUCCGCAGAAACCUCACAGUUCGCAACGGUCUCCUCACUGAGGAUCAGUACAAGUCAGCGGUCAGCGUCGCUCGUCAGCUCCCCCAACUUCGCGUUGCCAAGGCCUUCUUCAAGGUCACCGGCGAGCGCUUCAUCAUUCCCUCCUCUCUCGUCACCCUGGUCGUCAAGGGCCGCAUCGUCCCUCCUGGAAGCGAAAACGUACCCGAAAUCAACGAAUUGGAUCUGGAAGACAUUGACCCGGCGGAAGACGACCUCGAGGCCUUCCUGGGCCGCAAGAAGACUACCAAGGGUCCUGACGGCAAGCCUACUCCCGUUGACGACAAGCCGAUUCUGCCUCCUCUCGCCCACGCCCCCUACUUCGCCCGCGACCACGCCCCCAAGUGGUAUGUCUUCUUGACCGACUCUAAGCAAGGCAAGAUGGCUGUUCCUCCCUUCACCUUCACCCAGUUCGACCAGCCCAUCUUUGGCGAGGACGGCAAGCCCACUUUCAACAUGCAGACCCUCAAGGCCCAAUUCGCCGCGCCUCCCCAGGCCGGUCACUACACUUUUGUCAUGCACGUCGUGUGCGACAGCUACGUUGGCUUCGAUACCAAGAUGGAGGUAACCUUGGUAGUGGAGGAAGCCAACAAGGCUGCCGAAAUGGUCGCCGAGGACGAGAUUAGCGAACCUGAUGAGGACUCGAUAGCUGGCCAGAUGCAAGCCCUCAAGGGCGGAAGCGUACCGGGCGCCACCAAGCCCCGCAGGAAAGCGGCCGAAGAGGACUCGGACGAGGAGAGCGGCACCGAUGACGACAUUGAAGACGACACAAGCGAGACAAACACGGAUACCGAGGACGAGUCAUAG